AUGUCAAUCUCUGGACCAGCUUGCAAGUAAACAGACUGCUGGAUAUGUACACAAGCGGUCUAGACUGCCCCUAGCAUCCCUUCAUCGCAGUCAGGACGCAUUCCGUCCUGGUGAAGGUGCCGGCAAGGAGCGUUAGCACUCACGAUGGCAGCCAUGGCAAUGACAUCCGCCUCUGCAGGCGUGUUGCCAGCUGUCCCCUCUGUUUGCCUCAAGGAAGAAAAGCUUCCCAUUGCCUCGUCUUGCGCGCCGCUAAGGCUGCCUCAGGCUAGCUUUUUUGGAGAGUCGCUUCGCCAGCAAUCGCGAGGUGUUUCGCGCAAAUCCGCUUCCCGAAAAUCUGGAGCCCUUCAGGUUUCAGCGACCGCAAGCGCUUCAGAUGAUUCUGAAAAGGCGCGGCUGGCCGCGAUGGUGGCGGAGAACGAGCGGUUGAAGGCGCGCCUGGCGGAGCUGGAGGGGGCGCUCACGCUGGCCAUGCAGGGAGGCGGGGCUCCUGGCUCGCCCGCUGUUGCUGCUGAUGUGCCUGCUGCUGCAGCAGCAGCAGCAGCAACAGCAGCAGCUGAAGCAGCAGCAGAAGCAGCCGCAGCUCUUGAGGUUGUAGAGGAGGCUGCAGGAACGGACCAGAAAAGACAAGCUGUGCCAGCCACUGCCGCCCAGCAAAUCAUCUGGCCGUCCCCCCAGGAGGAGCCGCCGUUCUGGAUGCGCUGGCCAACCAGUGAGGGGCACGUGGCAGCAGCAGGGGUGGUGAGCGGCGGAGCAGCAGGGGACGGAGUUGUGGGAGAGAGGGAUCCGGAACGCCUGCACAUUGUGCAUGUGACUGCUGAAAUGGCUCCCCUGGCGAAAGUUGGAGGCCUCGGGGAUGUGGUUACAGGUUUGGGCCGAGCCUGUCUGGCUCGGGGCCACACGGUGGAAGUGAUGCUGCCGUUCUACGAGUGCCUGGACACCAAGCAGAUCGCCAACCUGCAGCUCAAGCGCUCCUUUGGCUCCUACUUCAAGGGUGACUGGGUGGGCGUGGAGGCGUUCAGUGGGGAGAUCUCGGGCGUGCCAGUGGUGCUGCUGAAGCCUGAGAACCAUUUCUUCAGGGGCGGCCGCAUCUAUGGCGGCUCGUACAACGAGCUUGAGGCAUACCUCUUCUUCAGCCGCGCUAGCCUUGAGUUCCUGCAGGUGACGGGAGCGCAGCCAGACGUGCUGCACAUUCACGAGUGGCACACGGCAGCAGUGGCGCUGCUCUACUGGGACAUCUACCACCAGCUGAACCUGCAGAAGCCACGCCUCAUUCUCACCAUCCACAACAUGGAGCACCACGGAGAGUGCAGAUGGGAGCAGCUGGACAUGUGUGGGCUGGACGGGCAGUCGUAUCUCGACACCGAGAAGGCCAUGGACGACCGCACAGUGGGGCACAACCCUGAGAGGCUUUCCAUGCUGAAGGGAGGGAUCGUGUACUCGAACACUGUAACCACGGUGAGCCCAACCUACGCCAACGAGACGCUCUGCAACGGAUGGCUCUCCAACACUCUCCUCAAGUACCGCUCCAAGUACUUUGGUGUCCUCAACGGGAUUGACACUGAGAUGUGGGACCCACAGACCGACCCCCAUCUGCCUGCUCACUUCUCACCCACCAGUUUGGCCGGCAAGAUGCUCUGCAAGCACUACGUGCAGCGGGGCCUGGGCCUCACACCUGAAAUAACACCUGAAGCUGCAGAGAAGCUUGCAGCUGCUGCGUCAGCAGGGCCUGUGGCUGACUCAGAGCUGACUCAGCUGAUCAGGGGGGAGAGGUCCCCUCUGGUGGUGUGUGUGACUCGCCUCGUGGCCCAAAAGGGCAUCCACCUGAUUCGCCAUGCCAUCUACCAGACCCACGAAUAUGGAGGACAGUUCGUUCUUCUCGGCUCAUCACCCGAUGGUCGGGUGCAGGGAGACUUUGUGAAGAUCGCUGAGGAGUUUCAAGAGGGCGGUAGCGUUCGUCUCGUCCUCACAUACAGUGAGAGCCUGGCUCACCAGCUCUUUGCGGCGGCGGACAUGGUGCUCGUGCCCUCCAUGUUCGAGCCGUGCGGACUCACCCAGAUGAUUGGCAUGCGCUAUGGCACGGUGCCUGUGGUGAGGCGGACAGGGGGGCUGGCAGACACAGUCUUUGAUGUGGACGAUGGGGGAAACACUGAGAAGGGCAACGGAUUUGUGUUUGAUGGAAUCAAUGAGCAAGCGCUUGAUUCAGCCCUUUCCCGUGCCGUGAAAUACUACAAAGACCGCCCUGAGUGGUGGCAGCAGCUGACGUCUACAGUGAUGAGCAUCGACAACAGCUGGAACAAGGCGGCUAAGGAGUAUAUUGCUCUGUACGACAGCAUCAGAGUGCGAUGGCCUUGAGUUAGAAGAAUGAAGAUUGUAGGUGAAUAUGCUAAACCAUUAUUGAUAACAGCUGGAACAUGGCCGUUGAGUACACCUCCACUCUCUACAACAGCAUCAGAGUGCGAUGGCCCUGGGAUGAAUGAGACAAAGAUGAUAGGUGAAUAUGCAAGACCGUAAUUGAUACCACUGUCGGAACAAGGUGGCUACGUGACAGCAUCCGAGUGCGAUGGCCUUUGAGUUGAAGCAGAUAUUCUACGGUAUCAUGUUUUUCAUGCGCCUCGAAAGCAGGCAGCUGCUGGAACAAGGAUGGCAAGGACCGCAUUAGAACGUAUACUUCGGUGUUAUUUGUGUUUGGAGUUACCCUCAGGAUCUGAACAGUAAGGUUUGGUAGCCAGCAGUGGUAA